ACACUAAUAUUCACUCCCCAAAUCAAAUCAAUCCAAUAAAGCACAUAAGCAAUGUCUGCUUCUGGUGCACAAAAGCUUGUCUUGGUCCUCUUGACCAUCGCCUAUAUCUUCUCCGCAUGUGCCGAGGCCAACAGAGGCUGGGGCUGGGGCUGGGGCUCGAAUCAAACCGGCUCCAGCUGGGGCUGGGGUUGGGGGUCGAACCACUCCGGCGGUGGGGCUGAUUCUGGCGCGGGCUGGGGUCCAGGCUCUAACCAGACCGGCUCGAACUGGGGCUGGGGCUGGGGCUGGGGCUCCAACCACUCUUCUGGCUCGGGCUCCGGCUGGGGUCGGGGUUGGUGGGGCUCACAGAACCGCACUAGCGGUGCCGCCGAUAAGCCGAGAAAGAUUGUCGUGGGCGGCUCAGCCGGGUGGCAGUACGGGUUCAACUACGCCGAGUGGGCGUCCAAGAACGCCCCUUUCUACGUCGACGACAUUCUUGUUUUCAAGUACGACCCACCGGCUCCAUUCACACACAGCGUGUACUUGCUCCCGGACUUGUGGAGUUACAUGAGGUGCGACGUGAAGAGAGGGAAAAUGAUAGCGAAGCCAUCGCAGGGAUCGGGCCAGGGGUUCGAGUUCGUCCUCGAGAAGUGGCAGCCUUACUACUUCGCCUGCGGUGAACACGACGGCGCUCACUGCAACAACGGUACCAUGAAGUUCACCGUCGUCCCAAUGCUCCGCCGUUGGUAAAUCAUAUAAGAGAGAUGACCAUAUAUAUACAUAUAUAUGGUCAUCUUCUCGAAUGAUUCAAUCGUCCAAAUCUAUUACCAGACACGCAAGUCUUCAUCAUCGUGAAAUUUAGUUGUCUUUAAUCUGUCAACAAACAUGUCUCCCUUUACCAUUUAUAUGUGUUUUACGAAUUCAGAUUUUGUUUGUGUUCUUUUUCUUUUUUUCUUUUUUUCCCUAUGUAUUCUGAUAUUGGAAAUGAUGGAUUGAUGAGAUUUUAUACGAAUAAAGAA